AUGAAUUCUCAAAAUAUUAGUGAAAGUAUAAGUGAAAAAAAUAAAGAAAUCAAAGUUAUUGAUAAGUUUAAGUAUCGUUUCCACAAAAUGUUGGCCAAUGAUGUCGAGCGUUGGAGUUGCACAAAUAAAAAAUGCAAAUGUUAUUUUAAGAGAAGUGGAUUACUGUUGUUAGAAAAUGAAAGUAAACUAACUAAUCAUUGUCACGAGCCGGAUUCCUCUGAACUAUUAAAGAGACAAAAUAUUCGAAAUAAUUUAAAACGUAAAGCAACAGAAGAUAUCACUAAGGCCGGCAAUGUUGAUACAUAG